ACUUACAGUUUUCAGAUCCGUUGUUCUUUUUUCCAAGAAAAAGUGCAAUUAUGCCACCAAAAAGAAACCUUGGGAAGGCUGUCCAGACUUUACAGAUUGGGCUUGGUGAAAGCAGUCCAACACACUCAGAAGGAGAGAAUGAGUCAAUCAUUCCACCACCAUUGUCACCAAUACUUAGGGAGCAUUCUUUUAUCAAUCCUACCUUCAAUAAGGGUAGUGAAUCUGGAGAUGAUGUUGCUCAAUCUGAUAAGGCCAAAGAAACUAUGGGAGUUGAUGCAGAUCCAUUCCCUACCAUGUCUGUUGGGGUGAACGCGGCAGAUCUCAGGAGCAUUGCCAGGGACAGAACUCAGACAUACUAUAGGCGUAGACUUGCAGCUGAUGAUCUGAGGUGGGUCAUUGAGGAGGCGAGGACCCGCAGAAAUCAGCCCAGAAUGGUGAAACCACCACCCAGAUCUCCAACCAAACGGUGGGAACGUGUGGUGCAUCCAAAAUUUCCUAAAGGUCAAAAUCCAAGGACCUUGAGGAGACGUUUACAACGCAAAAGGGCUGCAGAAAGACACCAACAGCAGAUUACAGACUCAGGGGGCAUGGCAGAUCAGGCACCGCCGCUCCCAGCAAGAAGAAAAUCAGUGUGGGUCCGUAAGGAAAAAGGGAGCUCAUCUGGUCAGAAUGCUCCAAAAAAGGAAGAACCACCCAGAAUUCCAACAUCACCUCGAGUUCUGGCUGUGGAAUCCAAUGAAGAAACUGGUUUGAAGGCGAAGUUUGACGUGCCAGAUAAAGCGAAAAAUUCAUCAGAUGUAAUCUGUUUUGGUGAGUUUUUCGUGAAUCUAUCUUGUUUGGUGAUCACCCUUCCUUUGGUCUUUCAAGCAAGAGACCAGUUAGAAUCUGCAGUCUGUCACCAGACAGAUUUGACUGAGGAAGAAGAAGUCAUUGAAAUCCCAGCCAAGGAAGAUGGUGGUAUGGAUUCAGCAGAUAAAAUCAUUUUCGAAAAACCAGAAGAGAGGAUGGCCAAGCACAUCAGGCCAUUAUACAUUCAGGCACAUCUGGAUGGUAUGCCAAUAAAUCGAGUUCUGGUGGAUAAUGGAGCAGCUGUCAAUGUUUUGCCAACUUGUAUUCUGCACAAGAUUGGCAAAACUUUGAGUGAUUUAAUGGAGACAGAAGUGACAAUCAGUGACUUUACUGGUGGAAUAAACCGCUCAAGGGGAAUUCUGCAGGUGGAGCUGACUGUUGGGAAUAGAACUCUCAUGUGUGCAUUUUUUGUGGUUGACACCAUUGCCACUUAUAAUGCAUUGCUUGGGAGAGAUUGGAUACAUUCCAGCUGGUGCGUUCCUUCAACUUUGCAUCAGAAAUUAAUAUUCUGGAAUGGCGGCAGAACUGAAGUUGUGACAGCAGAUGACAAGCCUUUUGUGGCAAGUACCAAUGCAGUGGAGGCUCGUUAUUAUGAUGAAGAUAUUGGGACUAUCCGUUUCUUUGGGAUGGACCGUUAUGGCAGACCUUCUGGAAUUACUGCCUGCACCAGAUCUACAAUGGACAGACAGACUGUGAAGGAGGUGUGUGAUGAACUACUUUGGCCUACAGCAAUUGUUCCUUUUAGGCCGAGGGAGGAACCUAAAAUCGAAGAAAUUCCAUGAAGAAAGACCGAAUUAAGCAUCAGAAAAAGGAGGUCGUGGAAGAAAUCAAGAGAAAGUUAGUGGCUUACCUUGCUGAAAAACGAAUCUGUGUAGACAGAUCUGAAGUAGUUUAUGAAGGUGAAGAGGAAGAUUUGAAGGAUCAAAUAACACUAGAGGAAUUAG